AUGGAGAUCAUCGAGGGUAUCUGGUCGCCGCCGCUCCAUGGCACCACCAUCGACCAGGCCGAUGCGGAUCGCCGCCGCCGGCGACGCGAAACCGCGCCCCCACGCCUGUCGCAGUUGAGGAAGUCCGCCGCCGCCGCUACGCCACCAGGCGACCUGUCAGCCUCCAACGUGCUCCUCGACGACGUGGGCGGCGCGCGGCUCUGCGACCUAGGCUCCGCCUGCGAGGCCACUUUCUCUGCAGCCGUCGCGCCCGCUAGACGCGGCGCCGCCGCUGCUGUGGGCUCCCCGGGGUACGCUGACCCCUUCUUCCUCCGCACCGGCAUCGUGUCCAAGAAGUCUGACGUGUACAGCUUCGGCGUGCUGCUCCUCGAGGUUAUCACCGGCUCGCCGGCCGCCGGCACGUCAGAGGGUGGCGGCGAGUACCUGACGGCGCGGGUACUGCCACGUGUGAGAGCAACCGGGGUGGCGGGGCUUGUGGACAGUAGGCUAGGAGACUGUUAUGACACUAUAGAGGCCAGCGAUAUCGCGGGAAUCGCCCUUGAGUGUGUGUCGUCGCAGCCAGGGCUCCGGCCCACGAUGGCGCAGGUGCGGGCUGCCGUGGCGGAGAAGGCGGCGAGGUCUAUCAUGAGCGAUGGUAGUGAUCAUAAGUUGCUCGACUUAUUCCGCGCCACGAGCUAACUGAUUAGUUGUGAGUACUUAUUUUCUAA